AGGUGCCAUGUGAGGUCAUUUUGUGUGUGUACGCGAAUAUUUCUACUGUUUUUUUUUCUUUUGGAGUUUCUUACUCACCAUCACAUUGACUCUAUCAGCGCGACGGAGACUCCGAAGAAACGAAAAACAUGGCGUCCACCGCCACAUACAUCGCUGAAUGGUUUCGCCAGCGUCUGUCAUCCGCUGUCACUUUCCAGAAACAGUUCGUGGAUGAUGUGACGGAGAAAGUGAAGGAGCAAAAGGCCCAAUUUGAUCGCCACACCCGCGAGGCCAACGAACGCGCUAUUCAACUGCACCUCGAUCACCUCGAAGAAAAAUACCUCUGCUGCGUCUGCGGCCGCGGCGGCGAGGUGCGCGAAGAUGACGAGUAUGUGUACGACACGUACUCCAUGGUUGAGCUGCCCCCACGCGUGACGCUAGAGGCUGCAGUGAGGGAAGAGCUCGCUGACGCGGAGAUGACUGAUGAGCGCGUUAAGCAGCAUCAGCGCGAACUCGCCGUGCGCCAGCGACACGGCGGCCAGGUCACGGGUGUGCAGCCUGCUGCGCAGAUGCACUACAGCGACGAGGACGUGGGCGUUGACGGUGACAACUCUUCUUUUGUCUCCUCCUCCUCAGGAGGGUCGCAGAUCUCUUCAAACAACGAGCGAAAGAUGCGGCACAGAAGGAGAAAGGGGAAAGAUUGCGGGCAGCACCAUAGCGGCGACGCACCUCGCACCGGCCGUCGAGGCCCCGCACGCGACGCACCGAGUCGCCGGCAACACGGGGAAGCGGGCGACGACGGCAGCGGCGGCGGUGCGAACGAGAGCGUUCCCGCGUCGCCUACAACUUCGACCAGCCCCAUCGCCACGUCGGCCCGCAAAGGACGGCGACCGACGGACCCCAGAGAGAAUCGCCCCGGCGAACUGGCGGUCAUGGACCCUGACAUGGUGGGUCCACUUGAGGUGCGCAACACCCUGUACAAAAUCCGUCACGCCGUCCUGCAUAAGGAGGCUCGAACGCGUCGAAUGUCCGUCGCGGUGCACAAGGAUAAAGGUUUAAUGAAAAUUGAAGAAUCCGAGAUUGACAUGUUCUCGCACUUUUUUCAGCGUCCCGUACACGGAUAUCUCUGCAGCGCGUGCUACACUUGCGCUCGGCGCCGGCUCGACACGCUGACGCAGCAAAUCCGCGGGAUCCUGUUCAAGGCGCAGAAUCCCCUCCUGCGUCGUGUGCCGUCGAAAGAGAUCGAGGCCCUUACGUCGAGCAAUCAGGUCCCUCUUGUUCUAGUGGACAGCAUUCUCACCGUGCAGCGACGCUGGGCGAACAUGUCAGAGGAAGAGCGUAUGCUACUCCGAGGCGCGGAAGUGGUCGGCGCGGCAACACAAACCCCUGCGGCUGCGCUCGCCGGUGAGGAGCGCACAAGCUGGAACGCACAAAUUAAUGGUGAAACGGUGCUGAUGGGCUCCUUGUCCGAGAAGUGCGUUCGUCUUCUUCGCGAGGAAGCCAAGUGCGGCGCGUGUCAGCGACGCGCCGCCUGCUUCUUCGAGCAGCGGUCCAUCGUGUUUCUCUGUCAGUUCUGCACGGCGCGCGACCGCUUUUACCGCGAAAAUGCCGUGUGCAUCAACGACGAGGCGAUGCCGUUGCACCUGGUACACAUGCUGCAGGAUUUCGCCGCGUACUACCAGGCGCUGCAUCAGCAGAAGGAGCUGCGAGGUGCCCCGCAGUCUGCGAUUGACCAGGCGCAAACCGACUUGUUCCCCCUCACAGAAGUGAUGCGGGAGCGGGAGGGUCUUUUUGCCUGCCUGGCGCCGGCAGCGGCGCAGAAGCGAUCCGGGGCGGGAGAGGUGGAAGCGGCUUACUCGGCCGCCGACGCGCAGAGCACGGCGGCCCGUGCGGCGGAGGUGCCAGUAGCUGCGCCGUCGACGUUCGCGGCCGUAAAUCGGGUAGGCAACACCGCGAGGGUCUCGCUCAGUGAGCAGCGCGAGCGGGUUGGUCGUACCAUGGUGACCCUCUUCGACGGUGUCAAGAUCGAAAGCACUGGAAUUAAUCUCUUUGCUGACGCGGAGGCUGCGAAGACGGCAGCGCCUGUUUCUCCUGCGGCAUCGAUCGCCGUCGUCGCUCCCCCAGCUUCGAUGCCAGAGGACACUGGCACGACCGACCUGUUCGACUUCUUCGCGCCGAACGCUGCGUCGGCGGCUUCGAACACGCCUGCGCCGCUCAUCGACUCGGCAGAGGGACGAAGAAACGGUUCUGCAGCCAUGAACUGGACAUCUGGUGCUCCUGUUGGGCAGACCCAAUCUUUCACACCGCCACCCAAUGGGAUUGGAACUUCCAACACGCCAAACCCUGAUUGGGAAGGUCUUUUUUAA